GGCAAAGGGGAGGGCGCGAGGGAAUAUUUCUGCAUUCAUUCGGUCGUGGGAGCUCGGAGAUGCUUUUCCCAACAAGUAAGCAAGUGAAGCAGAGGGAACGAGAAAGAUAAGAGACAAGGAAGAGAGAGAGAGAGGCGCUUUCUGAAAUUUAAGAAGCUGAAGACACUGAGAUCAACUGGGUCGUGUCGGAUAACCAGAGAUCACACUUCACUCGGAAUCGUCGAUGGCGAGGGAAGAGGAAGAGGAGGAUGCUCGGCCCUUGACAACCAUCAGGGUCAGGGCGAGGCCAGACCCCUUCUUGGUCGUCUGUCGAUGCUUCAGCGUCUUGACCAUCGCCGCGGCGCUCAUCUGCGUGGCCGUCAACGGCGUCUCCGCCUACAAAUCUUUCGAGAACGCUUCUGAUAUUUUUGGCGGGAUCUUUCGGUGCUACGCUAUUCUCAUAGCUAUUUUGGUUGCGGUUGCUGAGACAGAAUGGGGUUUCAUUUUCAAGUUUUGGAGGAUACUUGAAUACUGGGCUGGUAGGGGAAUGCUUCAGAUUUUUGUGGCUGUGAUGACAAGAGCUUAUUCAGAAAGCACUGGGGAGAAGCAAGUUCUGGUAAUACUUCAAGAAAUCGGGAGCUACAUGCUUCUUGCUUGUGGUGUGAUUUAUGUACUCUCGGGAAUACUCUGCAUUGGUUGUGUCAAGCGUUCUCGUCUCCGUAAGGAACUCACAAGGGAGCAGGCAGCCAAGCACUUGGAAGAACUUGAGAGACGAAGGGAGCAGCUCAGAGCAUUCUUAGUAGAAAGAGUUUGAUGAUCAAAAACUUCGUGGCAGUUUGUACGUAUCGUGUGAAGGAGAAGGGACAAAAUUGCAUGUCCACUGGGACUGUUUGUUUUUGUAAUCUCUCUCUCUCUCUCUCUCUCUCUCUCGCCAAGUGUCAUUUUGGCAGAAGUGAUAUUCUUUUAUCUGACGAAGAAACCAAGGUUCUUGUUCGGGAGCACCCGGGGCUGUUGUGGAUUUGUUUGUAUUUUUCACUAUGAAUGGAUCAAGGUAGACACCUGUUUCUUCUCUC